AGUGAGCGAAGACAUGGGAUAUGUACUGAUCCGUGAGCUCCUUCCUCCCCCUCCCAACACACACACACACACACACACACACUCCGAGAGCGGUGCAUUUUGGAGGUAACUGGCCAGGAAGCAUUUCAAGGCUGGCAGCGUCGUUCUGCGUGUGUAGCUGUCCAAGGUGCUACCACUCCUGGAUGUCACUGCAAAACUCGCCCUUAUAAUUUGCUUCUUUGCUUUGCCCUUCUGCUCACUUCCUGCUUCUGACACACGACUUUGUGGUGUCUUAUUACACUGUUCUCUUGGCAGGAAGGAACCAUGGUGUUUGCUCCAGGAGAUAAAUCUGGAACUGGACAGGAAGAAACAAAACUGCAGAAUGCCAGCAAAUUGAUUGUGCAUACGGCCAUUCAGCAGGCAGUCCAGCAGUUUUCUCAGGAGAGCCGCCCAAAGGAAAAAGGCACAGACAACAAUGUGAGCCUGCAGUUUGAAAGAGGACAAUUAACCAAGAAGCACAAGAAGAAGUAAAAAUCCACCACUGUUGCUCUUGGAUCACCCAAUUGGCAGCCCUUCCAGCUUCUUAGAAUCAGCUUGUGUUGUCAGCACCACAGACAACCAACAAAGAGUAUAAUCAGCCACUAGUGAUAGAAAUAAGCAGUUGCAGUAGUCCUUCCUGAGAAAUAGGGUUUUAAGGGCACUAACUAACAUAGUUAACAUUGAUGCUGUACCUCUAACACUCAUUAUUCAACAACACAAUGAUGGCUGUAGUAGUGUCAACACAAAACCCUGCUAAAUGAAAGUUCUGUUUUCAGGAUGUCUUUAGACUGUAUCUCUGUCUAUGUCAUCAGUAUAUACUCAACUGGAAGACAGCUGUAUUUUUCCAGUUUCCCAAGAAUCUAUUCUAUUGACACAUUGAAGAGUGUGUUUGAAGUUGUGUCCCUGAAGCUCCAAACCAUACAUAGGCUUAAGGAAGGAAGGAAGGUAAAAUCCAGAAGAGUUGCAAUAAAAGAGGACAAAUCUAUUGGAGACCCUUCUAUAAAUGAACAAAGUAGGCUUAAAUAUGGUUCAGGCCACUGUUUUAGCUUUUUUCUUAGUUAUUUGUUUAAAUUCUACGUGGCUAAUAUGUAUUUAAAAAUGUCAAUGAGCAUUGGACGGAAUCUAGAGAAAGUUCUGUAUUACUAUAUUAUCUUAUGUAUAUCUCUUUAGAAUAAGCUUCUUUUAAUUCAGUGUGAUUUAUUCCCAUGUAAGCACCCAAAGAAUACUCAGGCAUAUGCCUUAUUAUCAAUUAUAUUUGAUAGUUUUGUCUCUGUUUACCUCUUAUUGUUCUCCAUUUGCAUUAUCUUCCAUUUGUUUUUAUUUACAAAGCUUAUUACCAUUAACUGCAAUCAACUUGCCUUAAAUCAAUCUUCUCCAUGAUCCCUGGAAAAUACCAAUGAAAAACUGGUGAAUGGAUGGACUUUUCAGUUGUAUUCAGUUGUAUUCUUUGGUUACAAGAAAAUAAAGAAAGGGAAAGAUU